GUUGAGAUGUUAAUUACCACCUUAAUAACACAAAAGCCUGUACUAAGAGCAUCGGAUAUUUUUACCGUCGGUACCAGAUUAUUGGCAGCCAUUUCCGGGACGGUGGUGACUUACGUGUUGGUGGCAUUGCAGUUCCACGCGUCUUGGUCGAAAUAAUAAUUUAAUAAUAAUAAUAUAAAGAUAAUGUACAUAAGCACGCACCAUACGGUCGAGGACAUCGCCAAAAAACCGUUUCCCGACGAACGCAAACGCAAAUUGUGCCUGUGCAAAACUAUGAUGCCGGUUUUAACGUUGGGACGCUUCGUCGGCUUUUUUCCAGGCACAUGGACGCACAAGCAGGAUAAAUGCGUGUUCAAGAAGUCGGUUUUUUGGUUUAUAUACACGGUUGCCGUAAAUUGUUUUUAUAUCUUUCAACUUGUGCACUCCGUGGAUUUUGUCAACUUAACAUCGAGGAAAUCUUUGCCCAUUUUGUUGAACGACAUCACCGAUGCAAUUUACGGUUUGUACAUUAUUGUGCUGACGCUCACAAGUUUUGUAAGAUUUCCCAAACUGCUGAGGACUUUAAACGAAAUGACGUUGUUGCUGAAGGAUGGACUCUUUUGCCAGUCGGCCAUGAAGGUGGUCCUGAAAAUCCAAUACGGAUUUAUCGCUACCAUUUUUGGGAUAAUGCUUUGUCUGGGCAGCAUCCUAACAUGGCUCCAUCUCUCCGAAUCCUACCAAACAAACUUCGACUAUAACAUUUACAUAAACAAAGUACUACAAAUAAUUUCGUUUAUUUUUUAUAUCACCUUUUUCACUAUAGUCUCUGUUUACAUUGGCAUUUUGGGGUGUUUUGAAAAAUUAACGAUCAGCUGCCUAAGAUACACCCCCGUGCACCCGAUGAAGGGCAUCGACGAAACGAACAACGUCAAGGACUUUUUCGGUUUCAUCAAUUACGAGGUGUGCAAAGAAAAACAUCCGUGCACAGGAAAGCUGGCCCAACUUCCGGCCCCGGAUGUGGUCGAACAUCUGAGGAUCCUGCAUGAGGAGAUCAGCCUCAGCACAUACGACACGAACAGUUGCAUGAAUCCACAAUUUUUGGUUCACACAGUUGUUGAACUGACGGUACUCAUCAUUCAUUGGUACGCCGUCAUUGCGUACAUUGCGUACGAUUUUAAAUCGCCGUUCGCCAGGACUAUUCACGUUCUUAAUUGCGUGUUCGUUGUAUUCCACACCAUCGGAUUGUUUCUGUUUUUGAAGAACGCACAGGAACUCAAAAAUAUGAUACAAGGAUUAACAAGUUUCUUAUUGGAAUAUUCAACGAGAAUUUCCACGCAGGAAGAACACCAACAGGUCAGAUUGUUUAUCGAAAAACUAAAACAGCACAGACCAUUUACUGCAAGUGGAGUCUUCACCAUCGAUUUGGGAAUUGCUGGUCCAAUUUCCGCAAAUAUAUUGACCUAUGUUUUGGUCGCGUUGCAGUUUGAGAUUCCCAAGGAAUAAAUCCAGUUUGACUUUGGGUUCACCCGAUGUAAUGCACUAAAUGAUGGUUUCUUCAAAAUGGCAAAGAAUAUUUUAGAUUUAGAUAUUAUAUGUUUAUAUGUAAUUGAUAUAAAGUUCUAAAUUGUAUAAAA